AUCAGUCAAAAGACUUCCUAAACGAGUACUGACUAAUGGUUCCGCUGGAAGACCUUUGAAGAAACGGUCUCUCAUGUCUGGAGGUGACUAUGACUUCGACAAUAUUAUUGAUUUCGAUGACUUUGAUUUUAAACCUGAGGUCAAAGCAGACAUCGAUGAAUUAAAUAAUAAAAUUGAUAAACAAAUUGACGAAAAAAAUACAUUUGAAGACUUACCAAUGAAAACUAUAUCAGAUAGUGAAUGGAGUGCUUCCAGCACUAACAAUGACAUUCAAACGAUACCAAUUGCAGCCAUUUUACCCAAAGAGGUACCAUUCGAGUUGGACAACAACAACAAUAAGUUGAUUUCAUUUUACUGGUUUGACGCACAUAUCGAUCAGUUUAAAAAUCCAAGUAUUGUCUAUUUGUUUGGUAAAGUUUGGGUCAAAGAUAUCAAACGAUAUGUCAGUUGUUGUAUUCAAGUCCGUAAUAUUGAGCGCAAGAUUUAUUUGGUUCCGAGAGAACACAUGUUGAACGAUGAAACCAAAGAAGUCAAGAUUCAAGACGUGUACAAUGAGUUCAAUGAUAUAAUCGCUAAAAAGCUUAAAAUAACUCAAUUUAAAUCGAGAAAAGUUACUAAAAAGUACUCAUUUGAAAACAAUAACAUUCAAACUGAAGCGGAAUAUCUCGAAGUCUUGUAUUCGGCUUCUCAUUCGGUACUUCCACAGAACAUGAGUUCUGGAAAUACAUUUAAACACAUAUUUGGAACCAAUACAUCUGGUCUCGAAAAUCUAUUACUUGAUCUCAAGCUAAUGGGUCCACAAUGGCUCACAAUCAAGAAUCCUGAGAUUUCUGAUCCACCCGUCAGUUGGUGUAAGAUUGAGCUCAUUGUUAAUAAAGCGAGCGCUCAGAUCUCAGUGGACAGCCAUCAGAAACCGUCGCCUGAUUUUACAUUAAUAUCACUUAAUAUGAAAACAUUUGUCAAUCCAAACACAAAACUUAAUGAGAUUAUUGGUAUCUCUUGUUUUGUGAACUCUUCAUUCAAUUUUCACAAAUCAAAUGUUGGAUCAAAAUACGAUUCACACUUCUGUGCCAUCACUAAGCCAUCUAAUAAUUGUGGUGUUAAUCUUCCGUAUGAUUUUACACCAAAAAUGGCACUUAAAAAUUACAAUAAGACAAAAGUGGAUCCGUUGAACUCUGAGAGAGAGCUUCUCAAUUAUUUUAUGGCAAAACUGCAUCAAUUGGAUCCCGAUAUCAUUGUUGGUCACGAUGUUUACAACUUUGAUUAUGAUCUACUCUUGUCUCGAUUUGCUUACCAYAAAAUAGCUAUGUCGUGGUCAAAGAUGGGUCGACUUAAGAGAUCUGGUAUUCCUAAUAAAGCUAAAGAUAAGAAUCAAUUGUGUGGUCGUCUUGUGUGCGAUAUUAAAAUAUCGAGCAAAGAGUUGAUCCGCUCUAAGAGUUAUGAUUUGACACAAUUAUCGACACAGAUAUUGAAGAAAUCACGUUUUGAAGUCGAACAACACUUUUUGCCAAAAUAUUUUGCAAACUCUAAUCAACUCUUAAGACUUAUUGAUCUUUUUAUGAAAGAUAAUGAUUUAAUUAUUAACAUAAUGUAUGAGUUGAAUGUAUUACCGCUGGCCCUACAAAUUACAUCCAUUGCCGGCAAUUUGUUGUCGCGUACAUUACUGGGCGGCCGUUCCGAGCGUAACGAGUAUUUACUUCUUCAUGCAUUUCACGCUAAAAACUAUAUCUGUCCGGACAAAGUGUUUGCAAACAAUGGUAAACAAAUUGAUUACAAUGAACUCGAGUUAAAUACCGAAGCAGUUGUUCAAAAAGGCAAAACCUCCCGAAACAAGAARGCCGCCUAUACUGGUGGUCUGGUAUUGGAKCCUAAAGUGGGAUUCUAUGAUAAAUAUAUACUUUUAAUGGACUUUAACUCAUUGUAUCCGUCAAUUAUUCAAGAGUUUAACAUUUGUUUCACAACUGUUUCACAAAAUGUACCAAAUAAUGAUAAUGAGAUCACUGAGGAAUAUAUACCAGAAAUUCCAGAUUCAGAACUUCCUGAAGGAAUACUUCCUUCUGAAAUCAAAAAGUUGGUCGAAAGUCGAAGAGAAGUCAAGAAAUUGAUGUGUAAUCCGGAUUUAUCAUCAGAUUUAAAACAACAAUACGAUAUCAGACAAAAAGCUUUAAAACUAACAGCAAAUAGUAUGUAUGGCUGUCUUGGAUUCAGUCACUCACGAUUUUAUGCCAAACCAUUGGCCGCAUUAGUUACUUAUAAAGGACGAGAAAUUCUUAUGAAUACUAAACAAUUGGUUGAAAAAAUUGGUUUGGAAGUGAUUUAUGGUGACACCGAUUCCAUUAUGAUUUUGACAAAUUGUGUCAAUUUUGAUGACGUAAAAGCUAUCGGUAGUAAAGUUCAGUCAGAAGUUAACCGUCUCUACAGACUUCUUGAGAUAGAAAUCGAUGGCGUAUUUCGUUCAAUACUUUUGCUUAAAAAGAAGAAAUAUGCGGCACUGACUGCACAGAAGUUACCUAACGGUGACAUCCAUUACACUAAAGAAGUUAAAGGUUUAGACAUUGUUCGUCGCGAUUGGUCUAUAUUAGCGAAGAAGGCCGGAGAACACAUUCUCGAUGAGAUUCUAGCCAUCGAUAAACCCAGUGAUGUCAUUGUAGAUAACAUUCAUAGCUAUUUAAAUCAAUUGGCAAAUGCCAUCCGUAAUAAUGAACUGCCUAUCGAUGAGUUUGUGAUUAGUAAAGCAUUGACCAAAAAUCCCGAAGAAUAUCCCGAUAAGAAAGGUUUGAGUCAUGUGACAGUCGCUCUCAGAUAUAAUGAGUCAAAUAAAACCAAGAAAUUAAAAAAUGGAGACACAGUAUCUUAUGUUAUAUGUGAAGACAGUUCCGGAAGACCAGCCACUCAAAGAACAUAUCAUUGCGAUGAACUCAAAGAGAAAAACUUGAAGAUUGACGUUAAAUAUUAUUUGAGUCAACAAUUACUACCUGUUGUGUCUCGACUUUGUGAACCCAUUGAUGGAACCGAUUCACACAUUUUGGCUGAAUUUAUGGGAAUUGAAUSUAAUAUUAAUGCUAUGAAUCGAUCCAUCAUUGAAAUUGAGACMGCAUUUGAAAGAGGGGAACAUAAAUACGAUUUGUGUAAACCAUUGAUUUUUAAAUGCAUUAAUGAAAAUUGUGCUCAAGAUAUAGUAAUCAGAAGAUUAUUCAAGAAAUUUGAAGAUAACAAAGAAGACGAACAAAUAGACAAAUCAUUGGCGAAGAAGAGAUUAGAAUUGUCUUUCAAUCGAUGUUCUCACUGUAACAUAGAGUUCACUGAUAUAAUGUCCAACAAAUUUGAAGUCCAAUUAAGACAUUAUAUAAACAAAUUUGUCAACGAUUUCUAUCAGAAGUGGAUGAUCUGUGACGACCACACGUGUGCCUAUAGAACUCGUUUAAUAACCGGUCGUAUGUCAAGAGUUGGUCCCAUUUGUCCGAAUUGCAAAAAUGGAAAUUUGUGUCCAGAGAUAACUGAUGCCCAACACAAUCUCCAAUUAACAUAUUUUAAACAUUUGCUUGAUUUGGACGCCGCAGCYAAAGAGGUUUCCGCGAGUGACAUAAAGUUAAUUAAACUGAAUAGAGAGCACUUGUUUAGUAAACUCAAGUCAGUGGUCCAAACAUAUCUAGACUGGAACUCAUAUAAUGAAUUGGAUAUGAAUUAUUUGUUCAAAAAGUUGAGACUUAAAAAGUAAAUAAUAAUUGUUAUAUAUUUUAU